CAAAGCUGCUUUUUAAUUUUCCGUCCUUCCAUUUAUCCGCCGCUCGACUGCCUCUUAACAUCCAGUGAUCAAAACAAAUCUCCUUCUUCUUCUUCCCCCACCCCCCUCUCUUUCUCUCAACCAAACCAAAUACGUCGGGCACUUUCAUGGCGGUCUCAAACCCUAAAAGCCCCCAAAGUAACCAUCUCUCCCCCUAAAACCCUAUCAUGUUUCGAGAAACCCUCGCCCCCUCCCCACCCUAAUCGUGCCCCGAUUCGAAUCUAACUUCCUCUCUCCAAUCGCUGGCGUGCGAGCCUACGCUUGGUGUGGUCUCCUUCUUCUCCCUCUAUCGCUGCCGCUGCUCUGGCCUCCGGAUCCGGUUGGGGCUGCUCGAUCUGUGAGAAUGGAUGCGCGGGAGCCGUCCGGCGUCGUCGGUCUCGCCGGCAGCGGGGGCAAGGAUGGGCCUGCGAACGAGGAGGGACCGCUUUCUGACGCGGAGGGCCUGGCCAAGGAGGCCGCCGUCCUGUUCCAGGGCCGGCGCUUCUCCGAGUGUAUCGAUGUCUUGAAUCAACUUUUGCAGAAGAAAGGCGAUGAUCUGAAGGUUCUUCACAACAUUGCUGUUGCAGAAUACUUCCAUGAUGGUUGUUCUGAUCCCAGCGAAGCUGCUUGACGUGCUCAAUAACAUUAAGGUAAGACUAAGAUGACAAGUAAUUCCAUAUUCUGCUUGUUGGUUGGGCAAUAUAAUAUUUAUCUUCAUCGUAAAGUGUUUUUUUUAACCGUUUUAUUGGCAGACUGAAUGCUUAACUACGAUUAUUAUGGAGCAGAAGUGCUAACUAUUGUUGUUGAGGUCCUUGUUAUUAUAUGGAAAUCUCAUGCCAAUGUUGUAGAUUUCUUGGAACAAUGUAUAUUGUAUACUUUGUUCCAAGAAUUUGAGUCUUGGUUGCUCCCAGCCUGUACUGGGCAUCUUAGAUAAGGUUGCAGACAGAGUCCUAGGAUGUGCGUUGGU